CGAAAGUUUAGGCCCAAGUCGUAGGCCCGUUUCAAGACAAACGAACUGCUGGUUGAUGUAACAAUGUCACCGACUGAGAAUCGGAGUCUGGAGUAUCGGCGCUGAACGGACAGCAAGCAGGCUUGCCCUAGAUCGAUUCCUUUCCAGCAAGCUCGCCUAUUCGAAUUCAAAGUCUCCAACAGAUGUCUGCCUUGAUAUUUAAUCAGUGAACCAGGGGGGAGAUGGGCCGGAAAGCUGGGCGGCUACAUAUAAGCCCAAAGAAAUUUGGGUCUCUUCAGAAACCUUGCAUGAAGGAGAUGAUAACUUUUCUUAAUUGUUUGGCUCUUAACCACAACAGUGAUGAGAAAUGCGUUAGGCAAAAAGAUCUCUUGAAUACAUGCAUGGAUGCUCAGACUAGCAAAAGCAGGAAGCCCUGGGGAAGCAUAAAUUAUCAUCUGCAGCGGCUCAGCAGGGGAAGGAAGUAGGAGAAUCCAACCUAGUGUUUGAUUUGACUGACUCCGUAAACCCACAAUUUGUUCUUAAGUGGUAGUAAGUAAUAACGCCAGUUGGUGGUUAUGUUUUUGAACAAAAGUUACUGAUUUUGGUCCAUCAAGAACCACCAGAAAUUACUAGAUAAUUGUCAGAAACAUUUUUCGAGCAUGCAUCCAGGGAUUAUUGUACUUUUAGAGAUGAA